AAAGUCUGGUAAGGGUUUGUCAGGUGUUUGUUGUAUGGACGUGGCCCGGUAGUGAAGUUGUUGAGUGAUGAAUGUUUGUAUGAUGUUGCUCCGUUUGUAACGAGUGUUUAUGUGUAUUAUAGUGAGUUACAUUGAAUUUGAAGUGCCUUAAUAGUUAUGGGUCUCUGCAAAUGUCCAAAACGAAGAGUAACGAAUCAAUUUUGUUUCGAACACCGAGUAAAUGUCUGCGAAAAUUGUAUGGUCACAAAUCAUCCAAAAUGCAUAGUCCAGUCGUAUCUACAAUGGCUACAGGAUAGCGAUUACAACCCAAUAUGUGAACUGUGCACAAAGGAACUGGCAGAUGAGGACUGCAUUAGGCUGAUUUGCUAUCAUGUCUAUCACUGGGCAUGUUUGGAUCAGUAUGCAAGGCAGUUGCCACCUACAACUGCACCAGCAGGGUACACAUGCCCAUCAUGUCGUGUUGGAUUGUUUCCAGCACCCAAUUUAGUUUCACCAGUGGCGGAUGUCUUACGUCAGCAGCUUGCUGGAGUAAAUUGGGCUCGUGCUGGUCUCGGCUUACCACUUCUUAGCGAGGACAAGGAACAAAAACCACCUAAUGAUAAAGCAAAGCUAACUGCUGAUGAUGUACCAAAUGUAGCAAGGUCAGAUGAUGUACGGUCAGUUGCAAGUGCUGGCAACAACCAGAGACAGAGUACUCCAAAACGAACAAUGGUACCAAAUUCGGACUACCAACAAACUGUUUCAGAUGAAAAUCCACAUUCCAUUGUUCAUGUUGAAGAAACCACUUCAGCAUUUAGUCGUGCAGAGAGCUUCCCUACUUCAGCAGGCCAUGCACCUCGUCGAGUAUUUGAAGCUCUAGAUGAGGUAAAAGAUACAUCGUUUGACCAUGAUGAAAAUAAAUAUAAGAGGCGAUCUGCAAUAGACUGGUUCUUUAGAUGGUGGAGAACUGCUUCUGGUCCUGCCCUACGAAACAAGAAGCCAGGCCCUCUGUAUCGGCGCUACUUGAUGGCUGUUAUACUUUUCUUAAUAGGCUUGUUUACUCUUAUAAUGAUAUUUUCUUGGCUUGGGCGCAUAGCAACAGAAAAUGAUCCAAGUUUUGAUGUGCAUUUAAACCCUAAUGUGCGAAAUAAAGACACUGUUCCCAUCCACGAUCGCAAUGAAGAUGCUAAGUAGGAGAAGAAUGAACGAAUAGAAAAUUUUAUAUAUCUGGAUGACAAGUAACAAGUAGUUUUUUGACUGCUUGGUGAAGUUGGAAUCAUUAUUUGAUAUUUUACAUGUACUGCGUAAAUAGUCCUCAUAAGAAAUGGAUUUUUAAAAUUUGGUCAAUAAUACCAGUGAUAUGAUAGGAUACAUGAUAUUCAAAUGCAGUUGUUACUACAUGAAAAAUAAGACUGCUUCAUUUUAUAUUGUUGUAGUACACUGCUUGAAUGUAUGUAACACUUGUUUUGAGAGAAAGUUAUAUUAAAUAUUAUUUGUUGUUGUGAACUUCUAAAUACUUGAGCCACCACCAUGAAACAUAUUUUCUUAUGAUUUAUAUAUGGGACCCAACUUUCAGAAUCAUAACAGGUGCUGUGGAUAUGUCUACGUGAUGAUUUCUGUGUAACUUGUUUUCAUAUAACUGUUUUCUCAUGUUAUUUGAGUGAGUGCAUACAGUGUGGUUCAACAGGAAAUGUUUCAAAAAAUGUAUGUGGAAUUUUUAGUAUUAUCAGAUGAGGGGCGGGGAAGGUUCUCAAACAUCUACUAUACUUCUCUACAUACACAGUUUCACAUAAUUUUUCCAAACAUAAUAGUUAAUUGUUGUUUUACAACUUAAAGUUGUUUUACAUCUCCAUCAAUUGCUUCAGAUUAUCCUGUGUUUAACAGUUGUUAACUUGAAUUAUCUUGGAAGGCCUCUUUUAAAAAUGUUAACUUUUAUGAAUUGAAGUUCUUGUUGCAGAAAUUGUGGCAGUAUUUGAUUAUAGAGUUCUGUUUUUAAGAAAAUAAAGGCAAACAUUGUAAGUUGGUAUAUGUGAAUGAAUGAGAUUUAGAUGUGUAGCUGUGCUAGGAGAGUAAGUGAAUAAAAAGUGUGACUGAU